ACUUGAACUUUUGUGCAUAUAUGAAACUGUCAACCUUCCGAUGGGUUUGUUUACAAGUUUAUAAAUAUAAAAAGGUAAAGAAUACCAAAUUCAUUUUUAUGGAAAACUGUACAUUAAAUAAUAUUCAUAAUCUUAAAGGCCCCUCAACCGCUAUAAAUUGAAGGCACCCAUCUGAGAUUGACAGAAGGAAGCAAUUCAGAAAUAGCUAGCAACUUACUUAGCUCAAUAAUGAACACCACCAUGGAUUCAAAGAAAUCUAACAAGAUCAGAGACAUUGUCAGGCUUCAACAGAUUCUCAAGAAGUGGAGAAAGAUUGCUAACUCCUCCUCCUCAUCAUCAAAAGCAAUCUCCACCAGCAACCACAACAUGAGCAGCAGCAGCAGCAAGAGCAUCAAGUUUCUGAAGAGGACACUUUCUCUGUCGGACAAAACCACCUCUUCCUCAUUUGAGGCCUCAAGCAAUGCUGCUGUCCCCAAAGGCUACCUUGCUGUUUGUGUUGGGGAGGAGCUCAGGAGAUUUGUCAUCCCAACUGACUACUUGGGCCGUCCUGCUUUUCACAUUCUGCUGAGAGAAGCUGAGGAGGAAUUUGGGUUUCACCAGACUGGGGUUCUGAGGAUUCCAUGUGAGGUUUCUGUGUUUGAAGAUAUUUUGAAGAUGGUGGAGGAAGACAGGGACACAUUGCUCUUCAAUCUGCAAGAAUGCAGGUUUAACAAAGAUGAUAUGAUGGGGUGCUGCUCAUCAUCAGAAGGCCAGCUUAACUUUUCUCACCACCCAGAAAGCCCAAUGUGCAGAUAGUUUUAUUUAUUUUUCAUAAUUUUCACUCCUGUAGAUCUCUCCUUAGCUGAGACUGAGAGGGAGAAGAACUUUCAAGUUGAGUGUGUAAAUUAUCUUCUGAUGCAUUUUGUCAGGCAUCCAAUCCAACAUCUUAUUUUCUGAGGCAUCUAAAUCCAACAUCUUAUUUUCUGAGGCAUCUAAAUCCAACAUUUUGAUAACAGAACUGCAUAUACUGACAAGCCUAGAUGCAAACCAACAAUCUUAUUCAUGAGGCAAAUGCUGAUUUUGUAGGAUCAAAGCAAAAUGAGUUUUUUUAGGCAUCCAAUCCAAAGGGUUCAUAGUCAAUAAUCAAAGAUUUUGAUAUCAGAAUUGCAUAUACUGAUAAUGCAGUAAACAACUAAACCAGUUUCAUUGGUGAGUCAAGUGAUGAUGACUCGUUACUCAUCCGACAUAUAAAGUCUUCACAUGUCUGCAGAGCCAGUUGCAACCAAAUAAUAAAGUCUUCAUAACAUUGCACCAAUCAACAUUUGCAAAACUUCAAACCACAAACCAUAUUCCAGAAGUUCUCAACUAAACCACAUGAAAUAAUAAUUCAAAAGCUGGCCAAGGUUUGCAAGACAUAAUUCAUCCAUUGGACCUGAAAAGGUAACCAAUGGAAAACCAACAAUUUAAAAAUAUGAGAUUACUUCAUUCAAAAGAAAAAGUAGCCUUGGUCAACAUUUCUCCUGAUGGCACCCCCAAUAAAAAAGUUUAACCAUAUCUGUCAGGACAGGUUCAUGAGAGCUUUGAACAUAAGACAGCUAGCUGUUGUAAUCAGUACAAGUGAGUACCAUUAACACCUCUAAUGUUGUCCUAUUCUGAGAGCCUAUAGAUUUUCAAAACCUUCAUUCCAUGAAACUUUGUUGUCAGCAAACCACUCGUCUGAGUCUGCCACCUCAUAAACUAAGGCAUAUUGUAUAUACAAUCUGCAAAUAUCGGUAUCCUAUGUCUUUGAUGCAGAAAGUCAGAGACAAAUGUCUAGUUUAAAGACUUUAUGAUGCAGAAAACAAUAUAAUAUUGCAGCCAUUAGCACUUACAUCAAGUAAACACCGAAAAUCACAUUGGCAGAUUUUCACAGUUUCUCUUUGUUCAUUCACAUGCAACUUUCUUGUUUCAAACUUCAGGAAGCAAAACCAUGUGUCAAUCUUGAGUGACUAUUACUAAUCAACCAUAUGAAUUGUAAAAAAAUAAAGCAAUUUGAAGUUUAAAAAAUCCACAGUAAGAUCCAGUAAAAAAGGCAGAUCAUCACAUGAUGUCUGUAAUGAGUAUGACCCUUUGGUCCAAUUUGCAAGUAGCAAAAGCCUAAAAUAUUCACGUGAAAUACGGCUUCAGUUUCACAAUUCUUGGCAAUAGAGGUCUAGUUUCAUGAAAACCUGGUGCUAGAGUUGUAACUCUUAAUCAAUCUUGGCAAUAGGUCUAGUUUCCUGAAAACCUGGUGCUAGAGUUGUAACUCUUAAUCAAUCUCUUACAAAACGAUUAUAAAUCUAAACGCUAGGAUUCCUUACAAAGUUCCAAACAAGUAUGGAGAUAUAUAGAAAAGUCAAAGAGAAACCUUAUGAAAUACAACGAACACCCAUUUGACAUCUGU